AUGGCUCCGCAGGAGGCGAAGCUCCAGGGCCCGAGGGGAGCGGGGCUUGGCCGGGCCGGUGUGAGGAGCCCCGGGGCCCGCGCGUCCCGGGAUGCGCCGCCGCCGCCGCCGCCGCCGCUGCUGCUGGGACUCCUGCUGCUGGCCGUCCUCCCCGAGCGCGGCCGGGCCCACCCGGGGACAGACAAUCUUCAGACGCGUGUCACCCCAACCCCAGAGUCAUCUCCUCAUGGGAAGUUGUUACCAAUUUCACCAACAUGGCCUUUCUUGGAAGUCACGUCUUCCUCAGCAGCAGACAGAGUCAAGAAUGUGCUGGGACGGACCCCUGACAACACAAGCUUGGUGCAGUUAGUCCAGACUCCUCCGUCCAAGGCACACCGCAGGACCAGAGCACACAUGGACUUCUCUUCUUCCCUUUACCAGGGAAGUGGAUACAGCGCCUCCCUGGACGCUUCCAAGGACUCCGCUGAGACCCUGGUCCGAACAAGGCCUCAAAGGGGAAGAGAAGCGGCGGACUCAUCAGCGGAUUCCUCAGUGUCAUCCAGGGCAGAGCCGACAGCAGCCACCACAGCAGCCACAUUGUUUCUCAGAAAAUCAAGUCCGGCAGCGCUGUCUGCAGCCCUUGUUGCUAAGGGCACCGGUAGCAGUGGCUCAGCCAAGAGCAGUUUGACCACUGCUCAAGUUAAAAAUGUCACCAAUAAAGCAACGUCUGCCCCAAGGGUGACAGCAGGGCCAGUCCAUACAGCCUUCCCAUUCACACCAACCUACAUGUUUGCCAGAACAGCCCACACCCUGAGCACACAUACAGCCAUGCAAGGGACCACAGGCACUGCCUCAAGCCUGUUGUCCACAACACACCUCCCCAGGAAACCACAAGCCAUGCACACUGGCCUCCCAGACCCCACCAAGCCACAGACGCCCAGAGCACCCACACCCCGCCCUUUGACAAUCACCGCAGCUCUGACGUCCGUGACAGCGUCAGUGAGGUCCACGCGGCUGCCGUCUUUGCAGAUGGGAAAUACUGACGCUGCUCUUCCUGCCGUGGCCACUGCAGCGGUCACCACAGGCAAAAUGGCAUCCAACUUGGAGUGUCAGAUGUCCCACAAGCUCCUAGUGAAAACAGUUCUCUUUCUUACCCAGAGAAGAGUGCAGAGCAGUGAAUCCUUGAAGCUCAGUGUAGCCAAAGGGCUCACACAGGCAUUGCGGAAGGCUUUCCACCAGAGCGAUGUCUUGGCUCAGGUGGACAUUCUAGAAUAUUCCCAUAAUAUCUCAGUUGGUUAUUACGCUACCAAAGGGAGGCUGGUUUACUUGCCUGCUGUUGUGAUGGACAUGCUGGGUGUGUACGGUGUCAGCAACGUCACUGCCGAUCUGAAGCAACACACCCCAAACCUACAGUCUGUGGGAGUCCUUGCCUCCCCAUGGAAGCCCCAACCUGCCGGCUACUUCCAGCUGAAAACAGUGCUGCAGUUCGUGAGCCAGUCAGACAACAUACAGUCCUGCAAGUUUGCCCAGACCAUGGAGCAGAGGCUGCAGAAGGCAUUCCAGGAUGCGGAGAGGAAGGUCCUCAACACCAGAAGCAACCUGACGGUUCAGAUUGUGAGUACAUCCAAUGCCUCCCAGGCGGUCACGUUGGUAUACGUCGUGGGCAAUCAAAGCACGUUCCUCAAUGGCACUGUGGCCAGCAGCCUCCUCAGGCAGCUCUCAGCCGAGCUGGUCGGGUUCUACCUCACCUACCCACCACUCACCAUCGCUGAACCACUGGAAUAUCCCAACCUUGAUAUAUCAGAAACAACUAGAGACUACUGGGUCAUCACAGUGCUGCAGGGCGUGGACAACUCGCUGGUGGGCCUGCACAACCAGAGCUUCGCCCGGGUCAUGGAGCAGCGCCUGGCACAGCUGUUCAUGAUGUCCCAACAACAGGGCCGGCGGUUUAAACGAGCCACCACGCUGGGAAGCUACACUGUGCAGAUGGUGAAGAUGCAGCGCGUGCCAGGACCAAAGGACCCAGCAGAGCUGACUUACUACACGCUGUACAACGGAAAGCCGCUGCUGGGGACGGCAGCAGCCAAGAUCCUGAGCACCAUUGACUCCCAGAGGAUGGCUUUGACCCUGCAUCACGUUGUCCUUCUACAAGCAGACCCCGUGGUGAAGAACCCACCCAGUAACCUGUGGAUCAUAGCUGCAGUGUUGGCGCCCAUUGCCGUGGUCACCGUCAUCAUCAUCAUCAUCACUGCGGUGCUCUGCAGGAAGAACAAGAACGACUUCAAGCCAGACACCAUGAUAAACCUGCCUCAGAGAGCAAAGCCUGUGCAAGGCUUCGACUAUGCCAAGCAGCACCUGGGUCAGCAAGGAGCAGAUGAGGAGGUCAUCCCUGUGACUCAGGAGACGGUGGUACUCCCGCUACCUGUCAGAGAUACUCCUCAGGAAAGAGACAUGGCUCAGGAUGGAAGCACCAUCAAGACUGCCAAGUCCACUGAAACCAGAAAGAGGUCACCCAGUGAGAAUGGCUCUGUCAUCAGCAACGAAUCAGGGAAGCCCAGCUCAGGGAGGCACUCACCCCAGAACGGAAUGGCACAGCAGAAAGUGACAAAGGAAGAGGCAAGGAAGAGAAAUGUGGCAGCGAGUGAAGAAGAGGAGGGAGCCGGUCUCUUUGGCAGCUCCGGCAAGGCCGCGGCAGAUCCCUUCGACUCGUCCUCUGGGUCGGUGCAGCUCAUCGCCGUCAAGCCCUCGGCGCUGCCCGCGGCGCACCCUGCCUCCGACAGGAGCCACGAACCUUCCACGGUCCUCAAUGGGGAGGUGAACAAGGCUCUGAAGCAGAAGUCAGACAUCGAGCACUACCGGAACAAGCUGCGCCUCAAAGCCAAGAGGAAGGGGUACUACGACUUCCCGCCAGUGGAGACAAGCAGAGGCCUGACUGAGAGAAAAAAGAUGUAUGAGAAAUCCCCGAAGGAAAUGGAGCACGUUUUGGACCCAGACCCAGAACUGUGUGCACCUUUUGCAGAGUCUAAAAACAGGCAACAGAUGAAGAAUUCUGUCUACCGAAGCCGGCAGUCUCUGAACAGCCCAAGCCCGGGAGAAACGGAGAUGGACCUUCUGGUCACGCGGGAGCGACCCCGGCGUGGGAUCCGCAACAGCGGAUACGAUACCGAACCAGAGAUCAUAGAGGAAACCAACGUAGACAGAGUGCAUGAGUCUCGGGGCUACGGCAGGACCCGGCAGAUGAAGGGCCACUCGGAGACCUCCACGCUGAGCUCACAGCCCUCCAUCGACGAGGUGCGGCAGCAGAUGCACAUGCUGCUGGAGGAAGCCUUCAGCCUGGCGUCCGCAGGCCACGCCGGCCAGGGCCGGCACCAGGAGGCCUACGGCUCCACGCAGCACCUGCCCUACUCAGAGGUGGUGACCAGCGCCCCAGGAACCAUGACACGUCCCAGGGCCGGGGUGCAGUGGGUGCCGACCUACCGCCCAGAAAUGUACCAAUACAGUCUGCCCCGACCGGCUUACAGAUUCUCCCAGCUUCCUGAAAUGGUCAUGGGCUCUCCCCCUCCACCUGUACCUCCUCGGACUGGGCCUGUGGCUGUCACUACCCUCAGGAGGUCCACCUCCGACAUUGGAAGCAAGACCCGGAUGGCUGAGUCUGCUGGGCCUGAGCCCACCCAGUUGCAUGACAGUGCCUCAUUUACCCAGGUGUCCAGAGGCCCUGUGUCUGUGACGCAGUUGGAUCAGUCGGCUUUAAAUUACUCAGGUAACACAGUGCCCGCGGUGUUUGCCAUCCCAGCUGCCAACAGACCAGGCUUCACCGGCUAUUUCAUCCCAACACCUCCCUCAUCCUACAGAAGCCAGGCCUGGAUGUCCUACGCAGGAGAGAACGAGCUCCCAAGCCAGUGGGCUGAUUCGGUCCCCCUCCCAGGGUACAUUGAGGCCUACCCCCGGUCACGUUAUCAGCAAAGCUCACCCUCCAGGCUUCCUCGCCAGUACAGCCACCCAUCCAGCCUACACCCCAGCCUGGAGCAGGCUCCCGUCCCCUCCGCAGCUGCCUCCCAGCAGAGCCUGGCAGAAAAUGACCCACCCGACCCUCCGCUGACCAACAUCUCCACCGCAGCCCUGGUGAAAGCCAUCCGGGAGGAAGUGGCCAAGCUAGCCAAGAAGCAGACGGACAUGUUUGAGUUCCAGGUCUAACGCCUUGACCCCAGGGACUCUGUCUUUCCAGACUGUGAGGCAAUGGGCUUUGGGGUUCUCUCCCCUGAUGUGUGGGCACUUGAGACACAGACAAUGGGCGAGACUUUCUCGCCCUCAGGUUCUACAAAGAUGAACAGUGGGGCUGCUGGGAAAGAAGCAACUCAUGAGCUUAACUCGAUGGCUGUGAGUCAAGAAGUCCCCGCUUGGGACCCUGUGUUUGAUAGUGUGUCGUGAAUGUCCGAACUGCGAAUACAUGGAUUUCUCUAAGGAAACCCUAGUUGUGCGAGGCACUAGCUAACCUCCAGGUUCCUGUCCAAUGCCACAUUUUAAUAAAUUAUCCGAAGGGGGAGAAUGUC